AUCUGGCAGAGCGGCAGUCACUCCGCACAGAGGACCGCGCGCGUCUUCAGUUUGACGCUCCGGGAAGAAACACGUCCUCAAGAUCAAACACCUUGACGAGAAGCGUCAAGAUAAAAGUCCCUUCGGAGUUUUGACGUUUAGUCUUAAAAAAAAUCUCAGCGAGAAGGAGAGGCGCGUCUGUCAGUAAUUAUGGGAUUUACACCUUUCGUCUUCAACCAAGUUGUGGCUGCGCUGCUUGUCACCAGCAUCUGCGCGACCAAAAUCAACGUGCCGCGCCUGAGACUCUCCCACAAAG